AUGGCGCGCGGGCACGCCCCCGCGGAUGAAGCGUCGACCAACUCGCCAGCGCUCUCGAGCGAGACUUAUCGAGUUCGGGGUUGGGACGAGCGCGAGCUCGGCGCGCUGAGGCGCCACUACGCGCGCGAGGGAUGGGUCGUGGUCCGCCGCCUGGUCACCACCGACGAGGUCGACGCGCUUCACGCGGCGACGGACGCGCUCCAGGCGGAGGCGUCGGCGUUCACGCGGAGCCGGCGCGAGCGGGGCGUCUACUUCGAGGUGCAAUCCGCGUCGGGUCGCAAGGGCGACCCGGCGGUGGCGCCGGGGGUGCUCCGCAAGAUCACCUCCCCGUCCAAGCGCUCCAAGGCGUUCGCGUCGCUCACGACGCACGCAAACGUGCGCGCCGUGUGCGCGCAGCUGUGCGGGGUGAGCGACGGGACAGCCGAAGAAGGGAGCGCCGCGCCAAGCCCCGGGCGCCGCCGUUCGUCGUCGUCGUCGAUGCGAUGCGUCGUGGACCAAGUCAACCUGAAGCAUCCCCUCGGCGCCGGCACCGGGUUCCCGUGGCACCAGGACGUCUCCUUCCUGAAACCCGACGCGAGGGCGGCGUGCGAGGCGCACGGCGGGUGCAACGCCGUCGUCGCGAUGGACCCGUCGCACGAAGAGAACGGCGGGUUCGUCGUCCUCGGGGGGACCCAUCGUCUCGGCGAAAAGUUUACGCAGACGAGGGACGCGUACGACGGCGCGGCGGAUGUUUCCGGGGACGUCUUCGACCUUUCCAGACGUUUCUGCCCGCGUUUGGCACCCGGGGACGCGAUAUUCUUUCACCCCGCGCUAGCGCACGGGUCCGGGACGAAUCACUCGCCGGAGCGGAGGAGGAUAGCGACGCUGUGGUUCGUCGGAGCCGGCGAUUAG